AUGUCGCCUGCCCGAUGGUCUUCCCUGUCCUGUCCCGCGAUACAUAAGGCGACAGCAGGCCUCGUAGACUUUAGCGCCCAGAUCCCCGCAAUAUACGCGCGCGCCAUCUCAAAAUAUGAAGAAAUCACCGACGAAAAACUCGACACGGCGUUCCUGGCCAAGCUCCAAAACGUCGACGACCUAACGCGCGAAAUCGAUGCCCGGAAUACGCAGUUCAGCGAGUUUCGCGAGAAGCGCGGCGUCAUUUUUGAUGUGCUCAAGACCGCGAUGAUCCCCGUGGAGCUCUUCGGGAGUCUGGCGGCGGGAGGAGCGAGUAUGGUCUUCCCGCCGUCGAGUUUGGUCUUUGGGGCAGUCACGUAUCUUAUGAGUGCAGCCAAGGGCGUUUCGAGGAGUUAUGAUGCCAUUUCGGAGUUGAUGGGGAGUUUGAAGGACUUCACAAUCCGAUUAAAAACAUACAGCCGCGAGUCGAUCAGCGCAGACCUCGGCGAGAAACUCAGCGACAUCCUCGUGACACUCAUCGAAAUCUUCGCGCUCUCGACAAAAACCAUCCGGCGCGGCCGCCUCCUCAAAUUUACCCGGAACUUCCUCCUCGGAAACAACGAUGCGAUCCAAGCGGCGAUGGGGAAACUCGAUAAGCUUACCGGCGUCGAAGACGCGCUGGUCGGCGCUGAGACGCUGACGGAGUCCAAGCGAACGGGGCGGGUGGUUGAUGGUAUCGAGGUGACGGUUUCGUCGACAAACGCGACGGUCCUUGAGACGGGAAUGACUGUGAACCAGAUGAGCGUGCAGGUGGGCGAAGUUCAGGAAAUGCUGGGGAGUUUGAUGGUCAGUGUUAAUGAGGGGAAGACGGAGAGCAGUGAGGAGAGGGAGAAGGCGCUACAGGCGCAUGUUCUCAAGGUCCUGCGGCCGUCCAAAGUCGAUCACGCGCAGGACUGGUAUGAUAAGAUCCACAAGGCGCGGAUCCCGGGCACGGGAGAUUGGGUGAGGGAGGAGAAUGUCUUCAAGGCGUGGUUGGAGAGGGAGGAUACACCGGUGAUUUUUGUCUCCGGCAAUCCUGGUGCAGGCAAAUCAUACCUUUCGGCAAACAUCAUAUCCUUCCUCAAGGAUAGGUACCCGCAGCACGUGCAGAGCACGGAAAUGGUCUCUGUGGGAUACUUUUUCUUCAAGGAUGAUAACCCCGAGACACGGUCUCUGCAUCAGGCUCUUCGCGACCUUGCAUUCCAAAUCAGCAAAAACGACCCAGUCUACCAGAAAUACCUAGCGAGCAUUGAGGGCCACGAGAAGAUCAGCACCCUCGAGGGCGCGUGGCGCCUUUUGUUCGUCGAGUACUUCAUCAAGAAGAUAAAUGUCGACGGCAGUGUCUAUAUCCUUUUCGACGCCGUGGACGAGGCGUAUGAUGAUGAGCGACGGACGUUUCUAAGCCUGGCAAGAGAUUUGUACGAAGUGACGGAGGAGUCGAGACUCCAGAUUGCCCUUGUGGGGAGACCACAUAUUAGCGAUCAGCUACUGGAGGGGUUGGAGGUCGAGGUGCCAACGAUUUAUGUGACGACGCAGAAGAAUUCGGGGGAUAUCAAUUCAUAUAUCCAAGCGAGCAUCAAGAAGUCUCCUAUCCUUCGCCGGGUGUCAGCCAAGCUGCGUGCAGAGCUUGUCGAGAAACUCUCUGCUGGUGCAGAGGGGAUGUUCCUCUGGGUGAAUCUCAUGCUCCAGGAGCUCGUGAAGAAGCGGAAUGAAGGUAGCAUGCGCAAGGCGCUAGAGCAUCCGCCCAAGGGCCUCAAAGAGAUUUUGCGGCAUGUCCUUUCGAGUUUUUCGGCCUCCUCGAAUGACGAGGAGCUCGAGUACUUCAACGAGAUUCUAGCCUGGGUGACUUGCUCUGAGCAGCCACUCACUCUGGAAAAGAUCGACGCAAUCUUGAAGUUAAAGUCACCCGAGGGCGAUGGUAUGAUUUACCUUGAAGGAGCACUGCGCCGGCAGUUUGCUUCGUUCUUUGUUCUCGACCGCGAGGAUGGACUCACAACGGCGGAACUGCAGAACAUGUCAAGACAGCCGGGUGUGUUCGAUGCAUCGGAUGAUGAAGAAGAAAGGGAGGAGGAAGAAGAAGAAGAAGCAUUUGAGGACGUUGAUAACUUUACGGACUUCAACUCGGAUAGCAAGACUACCACCGCAACUUUUUGUCACGCGUCUAUAGGUGACUUCUUCCGCGACGAGACAGAAGGCAAGGUGUCUGCCGGCGAGGGUCAUGUUGCAGUUGGCGUGCACUAUCAUGACGCCAAGGCGCAUGUGCUGAAGACACUCCUACGGUUGUUUGUGGACAAGGACUUCGCGAGUAAGGCUGACGACAGUGAAGUGAUGCUCCAGCAUGCCGCGCGGACCUGGGUUUACCAUCUUGAAAAUACGACGCCGGAGGAAUGCUCGCUGGAUGACCAGAAGGAAAUCGCUCGGUUGGUCCUGCUGAUGGUCAGGUCGGAGGAGGUCAUGGUCGAAUGGGUGGGCCGUGUCAGCCUGCUGAUCAGGCAGGCCUAUGUUGACGCAGUCCAGAAAUGGUGGAAGAACUCGGAGGUUUUCGAGUCUCUCUCACCCGAGGACCAAGAAUUCAUCAAGUCUACCGAGGCGGACCCUGUCAGAACUUUCAAGCCAUUGACCAUGUUCAGCAUCAAGAAAUGGGUACGAGAGAACGAAUGGCAACCUUGGCCCGUCGCAGCUGUCGUCUGGAGCUACAAAAGGUUUGUCAAUGGGGCAGAAGUCGGCCUUAACAGCGCGGUCGAUGCUUCAGCCAAGGAGCUCAUCGAAGCCGCUGAAUUCGGCGACUCAGAGAAAACGGGGCAAUGGUAUCGGCGCUGUGCAAUGGUUCUGCGCCAGCUCAGACACCACGAGGAAGCGAUGGAACUCUUCUCCAAGGCCUUCGAACUGCAACCCGAUGAGUGGCUCAUUAGAGCCGGCAUGGCUUACACAUACUUUCUGCAACGCGAAUGGCAGAAAGCUAUUGAUCUUGAUGUGGUGACUGUAAGGAUCCUGAACGAGCGUCUCAAUGAGGAUGAAAACGCCAAACCCGGGCUUCAUUUCAUGCUGGAACGGAUGGCGGAAUGCUACAAGCAGCUGGACAAUCCGGAAGGCCGCUUGGAGGCCAUCAAGGGCGCGCUUGAGAACGUUCCCCAAUAUUGUAACAAUUGCACCAACGCUCUGCUCGAGCUCUAUGCGACCAACGGCGAUCAUACUGCGGCCAUCAAGUUCCUAAAAGAGCUUGCAGACUCCCCCGUGCCUGACCAGGAUAUCUCCAAGCUAACGCAGGCAAUAUGGGACAAUCCAGACGGCGAUGAGUCCAAGGGCUUCCUCAUCUUUGCCGCCGACGCAGCUCUGGCAACAGAUAACCUUGACUUCCUUGUCCAAUCUUGGCGAACGGCCGCAAAAGGUGCCCGCAAGGCUCUGAAAACAGUCACUGCAGCUCGGCUGGAAUUGGCCAUCGCGCGUAUCUACAGCGAGUUUAUGAAGGACCAGGCCAAGGCAGUGAAGCGCUGGGAAAAGAUCAUGACCCUGUACCCGUCGUCCAAGGACGAGACCGCCAUUGGUGUCGUCAAACUCGGAGCUUCGUACGAACUUGCCCGAGCGUACCUUUGCAACGCCUUCGACGCAGGAGUGGGCACACCCGAAGCCACUGCCAUAGCGACCAAGCUGGAAAAGCUCGCCAACACGCAGGCCUCGGCCGAUUCGGUGAUCUGGACCAUUGUCAGUGCCCGUGCGAUUUGUCUCGGCGUGUACUACCGGUUGAGUGGACAAAUCGAAAAAGCGCAGGCGCAGUUCCGACCAUCGAUAAAACGGGGAAUUCAGAUUCUCUCCGAUGAUGACCCGGAGAACGAUGUUGCCGGCCUUUGGGACUUGAUGACCGCGCUGGUCGCAGCUGGUGACUCGAAGAAUGUAACCGCGCUCGCGCAGGCAAUUUCCAACUUCGAAAAGGAGGAUCCCGAGGAUAACACGGCAUGGACGUGUGAUGGACCGUGCCGGAGGUCAGUGACCAAAAUCGAUGGAAUGUCGCUUUGUCCGAUCUGCAUGGAUACAGGGUUCUGUGCAGAGUGUCUCAAGCUGUUGGAGGGAGGGACAAUGGGCAUUCAGAAGUGUAAUCAGAAGCAUGUCAAGGAGUUUUUGUAUAUCCCGGAGCGGACAAAGGAGUUUGGCAAGGGGCAGAUGCUUGUUGAUGGUGAGGUGAUGGAGUUUGACGCGUGGAAGGAUCAGUUGAAGAAGGAGUGGCGCGUUUAG